AUGCUAAAAAAUAGAGAUAAAGCUGAUAAAAUCAGCAAUAAAAACAACAACAAUUGUAUUAAUAUUCAGCAAAGAGUAGAACAAACACAGGAAGAGAUCAUAGUAUAUAUUAAUCCUUUAUCUGUUGCUAAUAUUAUCCCAAGGUGGGUACACUUAGGGGUGUAA